AUGGGCUUCGGUAGAUUCGUCCAUCACAUCGGCACAUUCUUGCUGUUUGUGUCGUUUGUGCUUCUCAUCGUCGUGGACAUUACGGCUCCUGUGGUGAACAACCUCUCAAUGAUGAAGGUUGACCUCGGCCGGAACUCUGCAUCGGCGGAUCAAGUAACGUUUGGCACAUUCGGUUACUGCCUUAGAGGCGUGGGUGGUGAUUCUGAUGAGUGCACUCACGCCAAGAUUGGAUAUGACCCUGCUGGUCUCAUGGAGCGUCUUGACGGCAGCGACUUCAGCGAUGCGUCCGGCGAUACUGCCAAGGGUCUGACCAGAGUCAUGGUCCUGCACCCUGUCGCGACAGGCCUCUGCUUCAUCGCCUUCCUGCUUUGCAUCUUCACGGGCAUUGUCGGCGCCUUCUUGGCCUCGAUGGUGUCGCUGCUCGCCUUCGUCGUCACACUGGUAGCCAUGAUUUGCGACUUUGUCACCUUUAGCAUCAUCAAGCACGAUGUCAACAAGAACGGCGUCAGCACUGCCAAGUGGGGUCCCGGUAUCUGGCUGAUCCUCGUUUCCGCCAUCUUCACUCUCUUUGGCGCCGGUAUCGUCUUUGUCACAUGCUGCUGUGCUCGCAAGAAGGAUAGGACUGAGCGCCAGAAGGAGCACUGGAAUGAGACGACUGCUACCAGGAACCGACGUCGCUUCUGGUAG